AUGGAUGGUUCUGAUAUCGAGGACAAUAGAAACUGUGUGUCCGAGGAAAAGGCCAAUCGAUGUGACGUAUGUUCUCGACAGAACUUAGAAGCUGUAGGCGGAUUUUGGUGUGUAGACUGUAGUGACAUGCUAUGUACGAAAUGCCGCGACAUCCAUAAAUCUAUAAGAUCGACCAUGAAGCAUGAAGUUAUCGCAAAAUCUGAAAUUUCAAAUUUGAAAAUGUUCAGAAGAAAUUUGUACUGCGAAGACCAUUCUGACAGAAAGUUAGAAGUGUAUUGUUUUGACCAUGAAACGCCCUGCUGCCUCAUGUGUGCUACCAUCACUCAUCGAAAAUGUGAUCGAGUAGAGAGUCUUGAAGAGUGUUCGAAGUCGGUUAAAACUGAAGAUGUGGAUUCACUUUUAAAUAGUUUCAAAAUAUUGCAAAAGGAUUGCAUUGCAAAAGAGAAAUUAGAGAGGACAAGUCACUCAGAAUUAAAAUCCACUUGUUCUCAAUUAGCAAAUGAUAUCAAGGUUAAAGCUGGGAAAAUGAUCAUACACGUUCAAAACAAAGAGCAAGAACUUUUGCAGGAUCUUUCCACUGUCGAAACAUACAAAAGUGAGGAAUUUGAAAAGAAAAGAGAAAUGUUUCAAGAGACAAGACAAGCAAUUUGUAAGCAAAUUGAUUCUUUGACUGCAGUCAAAAGUUUAAGCACUGUACAUAUGUUUCUAGAAACAAAUAAAUGUAAGAAACUCUACACUUCAUUGAAAGACGGUCAAGCAAAGUGGGAAUUACCUGAUGAAAAAUGUUCUGUAUCUUUGGAAUUAGAUAGCUUUGUUGUUAAUUUUGACGCAGCUUUCAAAACUUUCGGUAGAUGUAAAUUGAAUAAGGUCAACAUGCGUGAGGACAAUCUUGAGAUAAUUUCCCGCAUAUCAUGUCAGUGCGACGUCAGGGAUCUAGAAAUUAUUGAUAAAAGUCAUAUUGUUUUUUCUUCCUAUAGCGACUGUUCGGUACAUUUGUAUAACACUGACGGUUUACAAAAAGCUAGUCUUCAGCUGGGUGGACAACUUUGGGCCAUAUCAAGAUGGGGAGGAAAAAUUGCGGUAGUCAAUAUCGGAGACAACUCGAUUGAGGUUCUUAAUGUUACAUUAUCACCACCUAGUAUUGCUCUUGAUAGCUCCAUAAAACUAAACUACAUACCAUCAGGAGUGGCCGAAAAGGGAGAGGAUCUUAUUGUGCUGUGUGACACUAAAAUGCUACAAAUAUCCAAAGCUGGGAAUAUUUCUGAAUUAUUCACGACACCUUCUAAAUGUUCAUAUGGUUUUUGUUGUGCUACUCGGGAUGCACUUUUGUACACAGAUCCAAAUAACAGCGGACAGUUAUACAGUGUGAAGAACGAGGGAUAUUUUCAAAAUCGGUUUGAAAGAACGUACCCCGAAGUGAAAAAUCCUGUCGGUGUUACCACUGAUUCCGAUGGAUAUAUGUACUUAGUUGGUUAUUCAUCGUCAUCACUAGUACAGCUUGAUAAUGAUGGAACAUUUCUACGGACUCUGAUAAAGAAUGACUGCGAUGUAGGAAAUCCUUAUGGGGUGCGGAUAUUUGAAGAUUUGAAUUCAGUGAAGCUUCUUCUGGCCACUGGUCAGUUUAUAAAUGUGUACAUGUUUACUCGUGUAGAAAAAUGA